GCUCUCUCUUGUCAUGGAUAUGGGAACUUCAUUAUUGCGCCUUGCUCCCAGCGGUUGCAAAAACCUAUUGAACACCAAGUAUCUUCACAGAGCUCAUAUCCUCAGAUUGAGCUGCGCACUCAAUCCUGCACGUCAGGCUCCGCUGUGAUGCGCUCGAGUCUGCGCCAAUCUGAUCGAGUGGUUGGGUCCAAGUUCUCCGACUGCUGCGAGGCGCUGCGCAUGGCUGGUCCUGACCCCAGCCCUUGCUGUAUUGCCUCAACGGCGAAGCAUCUGCAAAAAGAGAGUUGGCAUAUCACAGUUGGUGGCAAUGCCGCCUGUUCUGAUAUGGCGUAUGGUUCUCUUGAUGGCAAGGACCAGUGCGAGACAUCAACGUCAUCUUCUGGGCUCAGCAAACUUGGAGAUACAUUCGAGAGCUGCAAUGAUCACCCAGCUACUGUUCCCGUGGAUAGCACUAGCAUGUACGGCGCCCGCAUCUCUGAGGCGCGCCAGAUGUUUGAAAGCACACUCACUACUCUACUGAACCCCAAACGAGUGAUCUCCAAGUGUACUAUCACACGGAGAGCCUGA